AUCCGAUUCACUCUCUCCGACCCUGGCGGAACCUUGGCGUGGACUCUGCCCAGAGAGCGAGGAAAAGGCAGGAUCAAGGCAGUCAAAGAUCCCGGAACACAAUUACAGACCUCUGCGGCCAGCCGGAAUCCUAAAGGCGAGGAAGCGUGCAGGAGGAAACCAUCUCGGGGGACAUAUUUGGCUAAAGGAAUGCGCCAGUUCGGUUGUGCCCUUGCUUGAGUGGGUUUCCGGUUGUGCUCUUGCUUGAGUUUAUUUUUACGCGAUGCUCCACAGAAUCCCGGCGUUUAUACGUCCUCGCCCCUUCUCGGGCCUCCCUUUGUCCCCUGGAAACUGGGAUGUCUUGGUGGCUGUGAGUGUGCUACCCGCGGCUUGGUCCGGAACUGUCUGGACAGAAACUAAUAUCCAAAGACAUUUUGGCACUGGCAGCUCGAUCUAUACCAAGAAAGAUAGCCAGUCUGUUCCAGCUAGUGAAACUUCCCAGAAGGCAGCAAAGAAGCAAGACAAAAGAGAGGAGACUUCAAAAAAAGACCUGCUAAGCAUUAUUAAGGACAUGAAAGUUGAACUGAGCACAGUAAACGUACAAACAACAAAGCCUCAUGGCAGAAAACCUUCUACCAUUUUGGAGGCUACAGUUGGCAGGCGUCACAGAGCUACAGAAAAUUCUCCAGAGAAAAGAAAUGAAUUCCUGAGUCCUGAGCUGGUGGCAGCCGCGUCUGCUGUUGCAGAUUCUCUACCUUUCGACAAGCAGACAACCAAGUCGGACCUGCUCAAGCAGCUUCAGCAACACGAGGAGGAGUCAAGGGCUCAGAAAGCCAGAGAGAAGCACAAGAUUAGUUUCCGUCAUAUAAUAUCAGAUAUGAAAAUUGCCAGAUCCACUUCUGCAAGAGUUAGUACCAGACCACAGCACCAGAUUCAGUUUGAUGAAGAAAUGGACAACUCUCUUGACCAGGAGAAGCUCACUGGUGUAAAAAAAAGGAAAGGUUUAUUCAAGGGGAAAAGACUUUUCAUUUUUGACGUGAAGGCGUUUGCUGAUGAAACACCUGAGGCAGCACCCCCUUCUCUCUGGGAGAUAGAAUUCGCUAAGCAGCUGGCCACAGUCAACGAACAGCCUCUGGGGAAUGGAUUUGAGGAGAUGAUCCAGUGGACGAAAGAGGGGAAGCUGUGGGAGUUCCCGAUUAACAACGAAGCAGGUUUUGAUGAUGAUGGCUCAGAAUUCCAUGAACAUAUAUUUUUGGAUAAGUACCUGGAGGGUUUCCCCAAGCAAGGACCAAUUCGCAACUUCAUGGAGCUGGUGACAAAUGGCCUUUCGAAAAACCCGUAUCUGAGUGUUAAACAGAAAGUAGAGCAUAUAGAGUGGUUUAAAAAUUACUUUAAUGAAAAGAGGGACAUUCUCAAAGAAAAUAACAUAGCGUUCACUUAACAUCAUGAAGAAAAUUUUUAUUUAAACUUUUGAAGAUGUGUAUUAUAGCUAAAUAAAAAUUUUAUUAAAGUU